UUGCUGAACACGGAGCGCGUUCGCACGCCCAAUUGAAGCGUCAAAAGAAGGAAAAGACGGUGAAAAGUCCUGGCAGUGUGAUUCACAUAGUUUGGAGCGUGUUCUGAGUGCCCCGCCCUUGAAAGAUUUUUUUUCCUUGCUGACGCAUCCACAGAGGACACCGCCACCAGAUUUUUAUCUAAUACCGUCUCGUUCAAUUUUCGAGAUAUUUCUUGUGAUUUUUUUCACGAAUCACUCCUGAUAAAAAGGAAAAUUACGUGAUUUUUUUUCUCUAAAAAUUGCCGUCUGUGUGGAAUUAUACCUACAAAAAAGGGUUGAAAAGGCGGAUUUCUAUAUAGUGAAAAGACGUAUCCAAUUUUGAAAUCUACAAUUUUACAAGAAACGUGAUUUUUUAAUACACCAAGGGAGUUGAAUACAUUGCUGGAGGAAAAAGGAUUUUCAUAUAUUGGUAGCAUCAUGCUGAUUGGAUUAGUUAGGGAUUCGGUUCUUCAGUGCUUUUGUCACACGUGUCGAGCACCGGUUUUGCCGGCAGUUAAUCGACACCAUUCAGCUCCAACGAAGAAGGCAACAAAGGCUCGUACCAAGCAACCAAAAUCGUCAAAGAAAGUAAAAUUUAUUUCGACUGAAAUCCGAUGCCAAGAAAAGUCCAAAGGUGGCCUCAGCUAUGAAGUUAUUCUAGCCGAGCCAGCUAUAACGCCUUCUGUUCAAAUUACCAAACGCACAGCAACGCCUGGUAAGAAGGAUCUGUCCGCUGAAGAGAUUGAGGAGAAACUAAAAGCUGCCGAGGAGAGGAGGCUGUCUCUCGAGGCAAAGAAAAUGGCAGAUUGGAAUGCAAAAAUGGCAAAAAUCGAGGAAGCUUCAAGGAAGAAGGAUGAGCUGAACAAUGAAUUUAUGGUGCAAACCAAAGAGGCACUCGUUGCCAAAAUGGAGCACUAUGAAGAGAAACGUGAAGCAAUUAUCAAUGACAAGAAGGAGAAAUUGAAGGUGCACUCUCAGGAGAUUGAGAAGACACGAAAUUCACUUGAAAUGCAAAAAUCCACCGAACUAAAUGCCAUUGAGGAAAAACUUCGUACCGCUGCCACACUUCGUGAUGAAAAUAUGAAGAAGAUGCUUGAGAGACUUAAGGAACAUAAUACGACAAAAGUUGCGGAAGUGAAGAAUAAGAUUGAGCAGACCAACAAUCAGGCUGAAAUUCAGGUCAUCGAAAAUAAAUUAUAUGCAGCUGAGAUGAAUCGUGAGAAGGAGAUUCAAAAGAAGCUCGAACAAAUCCGAAAACAUGAACGUCGUGCUGAAAUGGUGCGUCAGAACAAGGCAUCUCUGUGCAAUCAGAGUGAGAAUAAUGCAGCAUUAUCUGGCUAAAUCACAUGAAUAUUUUCAUCCCCAUUUACUACAUCGUACUGUACGCCCUUUCUCCCCAUAUGCGGUUCUUUUUUUUAGCCUUUUAACCGAGAGAGCAAGUUUUUUUCCUUAUUUGAAGUUCAUAUUAUGCGAUGAAGUAUAUAAGUAACAAUGCAAGUGAAUAUUAUGCAGAAUCUGCGCAGAGAGGAUUAAUUGAGAGAGCUAAAGAAUAGGGAAGUUUAGAUGGAGAAGAUAAAAGAAGAAAAAAAAAGAAACGUUUAGCUCCAGAUGCAGGAAAUAUUUUGAAGUAAUUUGCCAUUCGUGUUUAAUACAUUUUCCUCUUUUCUUUUUUUCCACUUGUUCUGCAUUUCCCUUGGAGCACAAAUCCUCCUUUAACCUCUUCGUGGUGUUCCCUCAUUUUGAGGGUGAAAUAGAUAAGAAAAAAUGCAGAGAAUACGAGGAGUAAAAGGGAGGAAAAUAUUAAUAAAAAAAUCAAGGAAAACCUGGUAGCAAAAAUUAGAAUUUAUUAUCUCUCUCUCUCUCGGUUAUUUUACCACUAUUAUAUGUACAACACACCACUUAUUUGCCAAUUUAUUUUAUGAAAAAGAACAUUCUCAACUACUCUCAAACACGAAUGUAAAAAUUAUCCGCAGUAUUAAUUUCAAUUUUUAUUCUUUUGUGUAAUUUAAUAACAUUUUAAGAAUUGUUCCAAAUAAUAAUAAAUAAAGAAAUCUUUCUCAUUAAACAAAAAAAAUGUGUAAAUGAAUCUUUCGUUUUAGAUAAGACAAAAAAAUGAGGAAAAUUCUUCGGAAAAUUUGAGAAAAAGAAGUGUAAAUUGGUGUUGCUAUAUAGUGUUUAUAAAGAGAAAGAAGAAAAGCAAAUUUAAAAUAAAAAAAUUGAAAGACAAUGAAGAAAUUCACAAAAA